GUACUCUCCGUGCACAGAACACCAUCUGCAUUUUGCUGUUAACGCGUCUUCACAUCCAAGGGAGGAUUAGGAGAAAAUCCCCAGGUUUUUUUCAACCAGUUGACAAAUAUCAGAUUUGUCUCUAAAAAAUUAGCUCCAUCUAUAUCUCCCACCAUAUGACACACAAAAAAGAUUAUCUUUAAUACCCAGCCAGCUUGGGUGUGGAAAAAGCAGAUUAAAGUUUCAGUUUGGUCAUAUUCAAGCAGCCACUUCAAGUACGACACCGCCGGCAUUACAAAGUACACAGACCUCUUCACAAAACGCCCCCCAAACUUUACCUUCUAGAAACAAGAUGUCUGCCCUGGAACAAUUAGACAUCAUACUUAAAUAAUUCAUCAUUUCCCCGUCAGUCUUUCUCUUCUGCGUGUCCUUUAAACAGACAGAUUGAGCUGCCAAAGGGGCUAAAGUGAAUAACAGCAGCAGGUGCCUUUUCAGAUGGAGCUUUGUAGUCUGCGGAGGGUGCUGAGCUGUUAUUUUAGUGGCCCACUGGUCAGGAGCAGGGGGUGGCUGGGAAAUGGACCGGACAGCUGACCCGAGACCCCUGAGCUGUCCUGUUAGUGGCCUUUACUCUACUCAACAUUAUCACAGACACUUCCUGGAUUUAUCCACCUCUGCAGGGCUAACGCAAAUCCACCAAAAUCUUCCUUUGUUCUCCACCAGAGAGUUUAAGAAACUCUCUUCUGAGAAAUAAUCUCCUCUGACCCUGAAGGAGGUCAUCUAUGUCAGCAGUGGCAGAUUGUAGGGCUGGACGUGCAUGAUUAUUACCCAUCAGCAUUCAUCAGAGGGAUUUAAACCUGAGAGUACUGUAAGAUGCUCCAUAAGCCUCUGCUAAGUCAGUGUGUUCUUCCUGACCAUUUCAUUAUCAAAUACAUAAUCGUCUGCAGAAGACAGAGCCCAAGGCCUAAGGCCCUACCUGGUGUCCUGGAUGUCGACUUCCCUGCUUCCGCUCAAGACCACUGCCCCACCCAGAGGUUGCUUUAUGAACACAGGAGCCCCAUAAAUGAAAUUAAGGUGUCAAUUAGUCAAUUAUGGCAUAAUAACUCUGAGGGCAGACAUUUAGAGACAAAGAGAACCUCAGCUAAGUUCAUUUCCUCCAGCCCAGGAGCCUAGCGCUUGGCACACGUCACUCCCCACCCAGACUCGCUGAACAAGGGCCCCAGUGCUCUCCCUAAUGUUAUUUUCCCCUGGAUAUCUUUUUUGAUCAACAAUUUCCUUUCAUGGGUUUGUUUUUCAGAUGCAGGGAUGCACCUUUUUUUCCCUCCCCAAUUUGACUAGGGAGAAUUUUAUAAUUUAGUAAUUAAAAUCUUUGUUAGGCUUUAGAAAUUGCAGCUAAUUGAAUUUAAUGGGAAGAUGAAUUUCAAUUUUAUUUGAUUAGCAGGACCCCUGGCAUAGGUAUUUAUGGGAAAAAAAUCUCCACAAAAAUAUGCUGUGUGGGCUAAGAUGGCAUAAUAGAAUUACAGAUAAUCGGAUUUCGCCGUCAUGAAUUUCACUCUAAUUUCACUAUAAUUUUCCAUUAGAUAGCUGGUUUACAAAUAUUUGCUCAUCUGCGAUGGGAAAGGCUAUCUGUCUAAAAUGAUUACCAAGCGAGCCUUCAGAAAUAUGUCCCCUUUUUUCUCCUCCCUUUUAAAACCAGAUUGCGAGGGAUCAAAAUUAGGAAGAUUGCAUUAUGGAUGUCUGCAUCCGGGAGAGCAAUGGGGGAGAUAUGAUGAUUACGGCUGGGGGAUGAAAGCAGUGUCAAGAAAAAUGUAUGACUGAAAAACAUAGGCCUGGUCUUAUCCUCUGAAAUAUCUGCUCUCAGCAAACUGCCGCCCAGCAACGUGAUAUAUCAUAAUUCACCAGGAGGACAAAAAAGGAUGUUGAUGUACAAAUAUACCUUCUGUUUCAUGCAAACACGGCAUUAAUUACCUUCAAGUACGAGAUUUUUGUCUCAGCGUGUGUAUACAAACCUUCAGCACACACACACGCAUGCAGCAAUCACUGAAAAUAUGUGGGAUUAUGAUCAUCAGAUUGUGGUGUUUUGUCAUGAUUGCUGUUCUUGUUUUAUUUGUGUGUAAUUUUUUUUAUUAUUCAGCUUCCACUCAUGCCUCAAAAUAAAUACAUAAUAAAAGGUAAACAGACGUGAGAGGGAAUAAAAUUCCACAUGGCAGAAAACCCAGGCUGACAUCGGGAUGAACUCUGGUUGAGUCCCACUCUAAAAGGCCCUGCUUCAGAAUUAAGCGCUUACUCAUUCAAUUUCCUGCCAAUUUUCACGCAACGACAGUGAAUAUCGAGGAUAAACCUCAUCCCCUGUGAGCUGAAAAACACAAACUCUUUUAAUUUGUUGUCUCUGAACUUUGAUGCUGCAGAAAUUCUUCGUGCUUGUGCAACUAAAAGAUGCACGCAUGUACACACGCACACACACAUACACACACACACCACCUGUACUUUCUGUUGGUUAUGACGAACCGUCAUCCCUCCUCAUCUAUUUCACUUCUUGUCCCAAACUUCCAGAGACACCAUAAAAGGUUAAGAAACAAAAAACACGUCUGACUUUCAGCAGAGGUCAGAUUUCUCACCCGGCGUGUCUCUGGGCUUUGGGCACAAAAGCCACUGAAUUCACAUCUUUCAACCGGGCCAGCUCUUUUGUCCCGGGGAAUGGAGGGCUCGGAGUGGGCCCUGCAACCGACCAGCCCCUCCUGGAGAGCGCUGUCAGGGGCAGCCAAACGUCUGGCCCGACGGCCCUUUGACUGAUGUGCCCCUACCAUGUCACACGCACAGCGGCGUGCGCACACACUCACAUGCACACACACACUCCACCUUGCCCUCAACACUCUCCCGCAUGCACCACACAAUAACCCCAGACCACAUCAAACGAAAAUCCCCACAGAUCUUUUUAUGAAAGUAAUGGUUUCACCCCCAAAGAUGGCAGCGCAGGGGCCAGAGGGCUGCGAUGCAUGGGCGACAAACGCCUCCCGACUGUGGACAUUGUUGUGUGAAAACUAUUCAUCCUGCUCGCCGAAGUCUCCGCUCAGAUCAUCUUUGGAGAUAUUAACACUCUACUUUAACCCUUUUGACCUCAUUUUUAUUUUUUCUUUAAAGAUUGACGCCUCCGUGUUUGCAGUUUCUAAGUAAUCAUCCGUAUUUGCAGUAAGUCUCACCAAGUCUCCAAACAAAAUACUUUGUUUGUGCAACCUGUGCUGGAUAAAAACCAGGGCUCACAGUUCUCAAAAGGCAGUUUCAACACCUUUACGACAGGAUGACGCUCCUGUUGCCAGAUCAGUUCUUACACAAACACAAACAAUUCGAGUUUAACACGAUUAUGAUGAAAAACAUGCCUGAAGUAUCAUUUACUGUAUGAUAGAACAAGGGCGGAGCCUGGCAGAAACUCCUUGUUUUACGGACAUUUUCCUUUAUGUGGGCUAAGACGGAGGAGACAAGUUUUUUUUCCCUGCAUUAACCAGAAUGAGUCAGCAUAAUUUCAGAAUCACCCAAAACCUGUUUUAUGCAUUGUACAUACUUAGCACUCCUUUAACAGCCCUCAGAAACUGAAGCCAGCUCCGUGUAUCUCAGUAUUAUGGUUCACAGCCAUAAACGUGUUCAUUUCCUCUUUUCUCAAAACCAGUAAAUGUUAGUUAAACAAUACCUUUAUUGGAAAAAAAGUCAGCAGCUGUGGAAAAAAACACAAGUCUACUGUUACCUUUGAAAGUUUCGACUUUGUUAUUUUGUGUUGCUCUGUAAACGCAGCAUUCUUGACACGGAGCCAUGUUUACAGUACAUGGGUUUAUGUACAAAUGGUCCAGAGGCGCUUUGCAUGCUACUGCGGAAGAAACUGCCAGGCAAAUAAGGGGUUUGUCUUAUAAAGUAUUCAUUGUCACCUGGUAACGGCCGUCAUUUAUCAUUUCACCUGAAAUUACAAUGAAAGCCGAUAGCUUAUCAGAGGGAUGAAGGGAGAAAGGGUGCUCACUGAGGGAGAGGAGCAGAAAGAGUGAACUACCAAGAGAUCCCUGUUUUUAAGAGAAGUGAAACAGUUAUUUACUUCUUUUAAAGUGUUGAAGGUAUAUUUUUUGUCAGAUAUCUCGACAAAAUGUUACACUUUUUUGAAGAAAUGAGAGAGCGGCUGGGACUUUUUGUGUCUAUUUACCCAAUAAAAGUGUGAAUCGUUGGAGAACGGCGACAACAGUCAAUAACCUGAGCCGCUUUUAUCUGUCAUCGCGUUUCCUUUCAUGUCAGAUCAUUCUGAAAGCUUCAGUUCAAUAAAAGUGUAACAAAAUCUGAUGAAAAGAGCGAUCUUUCCCACAAACCCCUCAUAUAUGUGUGUUUUUUUUUUUGUUUUUUGUCGUAAAGUAUACUUGUCUCCUCAUUUGAAUAGAGGCAGUGGUGGCUCCACCCCAAGAGAGUUGAAAGGCUAGAAGACCACAAAGAUGGAAAGGCCAGCCCACUGAGGGAGGGAGGAAAAAACUGCUCCGGUUCCUCUGCCAUAAUUUCCUAUCAGCCUAUUCAGACAACAUCACCAACAGCUCGGUCUGUGUGUGUGUGUGUGUGUACGCCGGUGUGUGUAUGGGAGCAGAGAGAGAGAGACAGAGAGAGAGAGAGAGUAGAGCAGGGAAGGGGGAGGCUCCAUAUUCUUUCACCUACCCCCCCUCUCGUCAAACCACAGGAAGGAGGGGCCAGACCCUAAGCUGCCAAUCAAAUCCGCUCGUGGCAGCCGGCAUUAUCUCAGCAACAAACUAUUGACAGAUUACAUGUCAAGGAGUUUAGGGCUUGAUUGAAGGAACCUUUUUUUCUCAUCUAGUUACUUUAACGCUUUAUCCCCCCCCUCCAACAACCAACAUUUGAAUGACUUUCUAACAGAGCUGAGUAAUAUUAUGAAAGUUACAUGUCUGAGAGGAUUUAACUUCGACUUCCCUGAAUAUGCUGAAAGGAGUUUAUGCACUGAAACGACCUCAGGAAAACCCAAGAUGGCCGCCAAAAGGAAAGGUGGCCUGAAACUCAACGCCAUCUGUGCCAAGUUGAGCCGCCAGGUGGACAGCAGCUCCCAGAACGCGGAGGGAGACCAGAGCGUGGCGGAAAACAGCGAGCGUGGUAGCUCCUACUACGACGACAACGAGACCAACUUCCCCGAGAGCCUGAGCCUCAGUCAGAGCCUCGAGGAGGACCAAAAGAGACGAGAGGCCAUUGAGAAGUGGGUCAACGGCGAGUACGGGGAUGAGCCGCCAGCUCCCGACGAUGAGCAGGAGCACGAACUCAGAGUCAGCAACGACGAGGACGGCCCUCCUGAGGGCGUCUACAUGGUGCAGCCCAAAGGCUGCAGCGAUGACGAGGACAACUCCGAGGAGCCUGAGGCCCCUGUAGGCUCCCAGGAUGGCAGUUACCAUGAUGACAAAGAAGCCGAAGACAGGCCUCCCAAAGAUGACAGCUACAUGCCGCCAAGCGAGGCCCAGAGUCGCCAAGCACCUUUCUCCUCUCCAGGAGAAGCAUCGGCCCUGCGAGACUAUGCAGCCAACACCAUGAAUGAGAUUUUGGGAAUGUUUGGCUAUGAUGACCAGCAGGUAAGGGAUGAGCUGACCAAGAUCAGCUUCGACAAGCUCAAAGCUGCUACCUCAGACCCCUCAUCCCUCAGCAGUGACGAGGCCUCCCGUCGCGCUCGCUUCUCCAAGUAUGAAGAGUACAUUCGCAAGCUAAAAGCUGGUGAGAUCCCACCCUGGCCCAUGAAUACUUCCCCAUCCAAACCGGACAACCUCAACUCCAAACUGGCCCAAGACAAAAGCCCUACCAUGCUCCAGACUUCUGGGUGUCUACCAAGCAACGAGGCACAGAUUUACCCCUCGGGUCUGGACCACAAACCGCCAGCGGCCCCUCAGCUGAGUAAUUCUCAGACACUCAAUUCCUCCCACAUGCAGAACAUGGCCUCCCGAGCCUCAAAGUAUGACUUCUUCAUUCAGAAGCUGAAGAUGGGAGAGAGCCCUCAGCAGAACGGUAACACCUACAAGCGACCCUCCAAGUACGAUCUGGAAAAUGUGAAGUUUCUGCACCUGUUCAAACCUGGCGAGGGCAACCCUGACAUGGGUGGCGCCAUCGCCUUUAAGACAGGAAAAGUGGGUCGCCCUUCAAAAUAUGACAUCCGAACAAUUCAGAAGCUAAUUCCAGGAAAUCCCGAAGCCUCACUGAUGCCCAAUGUUCUGGCUACAACACCAGGGAAUCCUGGAGCUGCCGGUGUCCCCACAGUUGGUGCAACUGGAGCUAGCAUUGCACCAGGACUUACAAUGGACCAGACGGGUCACCUAAGCUUCAAUGCCGCUGAUUACUUAAAAUCCACCUUUUCCAAGACUGACUCCAUCACUACUGGAACUGUGUCCUCAGUAAAGAAUGGUCUGCCGCCAGAUAAACCCCCCAGUGACGAUGUCAACCUCUACCAAAAAUAUAUCGCCAGGUUCUCUGGAAGUCAACACUGUGGACACGUGCACUGUGCCUACCAAUACAGAGAGCAUUAUCACUGCAUGGACCCUGAGUGUAACUACCAGGUGAGCAGGUUUACCAGUAAGCAGGAUGUAAUCAGGCACUACAACAUGCACAAGAAGAGGGACAACUCCCUGCAGCACGGCUUCAUGCGCUUCAGCCCUCUGGACGACUGCAGCGUCUACUACCACGGCUGCCACCUGAAUGGAAAAAGCACCCAUUACCACUGCAUGCAGGUGGGGUGCAGCAAGGUGUACACCAGCACCUCAGAUGUCAUGACCCAUGAAAACUUCCACAAAAAGAACGCCCAGCUGAUCAACGACGGCUUCCAGAGAUUCCGUGCCACCGAGGACUGUGGCACAGUUGGAUGCCAGUUCUAUGGGCAGAAGACCACACACUUCCACUGCAGACGCCCCGGCUGUACGUUCACUUUCAAGAACAAGUGUGACAUCGAGAAGCACAAGAGCUACCACAUCAAGGACGAUGCAUAUGCCAAGGACGGCUUCAAGAAGUUCUACAAGUAUGAGGAGUGCAAGUAUGAGGGCUGCGUCUACAGCAAGGCUACCAAUCACUUCCACUGCAUCCGCUCAGGCUGCGGCUUCACCUUCACCUCCACCAGCCAGAUGACCUCCCACAAACGCAAACACGAGCGUCGGCACAUCCGCUCCUCCGGCGUCAUGGGCCUCUCCUCCACCUUUCUGGCCCCGAAGGACGAACCAGAGGAAUCCAGCAACGACGACCUGAUGGACUUCUCCGCCAUCAGCAGUAAGAACUCAAGCCUGAGUGCCUCGCCCACGACGCAGCAGUCCACCACCGUUCCACACAUGUUGACCACGUCCACCGCCGCCAUGCCAAGCCACACCCUGAAGCCGACCCCGUCGAUGCCCAGCACGGGCCAGCGCAUGUCAAGCCUGCUGACUCAGACUCUGCCCACCAACAUGCCGGUGGCCCUCGCUCUGUCAAACAGUGCUCUGGCCACCUCCAAUCCAUUCUUCCCCCUGAUGCCCAGGCUGCCCCUCCAACCGCCUCCGCCUUCCUCAGGCCUGAUAACAACCGCGUCUUCUGGAGCGCACUCCAUGCACACAGACUCACUGACCCAAGGAGGCUCCACUGUGGGGGGAGAUGCCCCCAUGGCAUCUACUCCAUCUUCCUUCGCAGCUGCAUCCAUUAUGGAGAAGAUCUCAGCAAGCAAGGGUCUGAUUUCACCCAUGAUGGCCAGACUGGCAGCUGCCGCUCUGAAGCCCUCCAGCAACCCAGAUGCAGGGAACGGGCAGCCGGCUUCAGCCAGCCAGUUCAAUCUGGUUCAAGUGAAGCAGGAGCCUGUGGACACCAACUCUGGAGCUUCGCAAGACUCCACACAGGAACACAGCCUGGACCUGAGCAAGAAGGACCACUGUAAUGAAUCAAACGGGCACCCUGUUCCAGGGAAUACAUCUCUUUUAUCCUCGCUUAUGAAUAAGAUGUCACAGGUGAACCCCGCCCUCUUCAAUGCCAUGCACCUAAAAACAGAGCUGGAGGGCGGCCAGGCCAACGACUCCUCCGAGGCGGCGCAGUAUCUGAGCAGAGUGCUGAAGAGGCCUGAAAAUCCCUCUGAGAUCUGGAGGACAUACCUCCGGAGGUUUGACACUGAUGACUUCUGUGAGGCUCAGUGUGACUUUCUUCGGAAAGUGCACUUCCACUGUUUGGUAGAGGACUGCGGUGCCCUCUUCAGCACCGUGGAUGGGGCCAUAAAACACGCUAACUUCCACCUUCGAGCCACCUUGAAAGUAAAACCAGAGUCCCAGUUCAGUGACGGCAAAGAGUCCAGCGAGGCCGCUCCGCUGCAGCCCGUCGCCCCUGUCUCUAUAGCCAGUAACCCCUCCAUGGAUGUGGCGAAUCUCACCUCCUCUGGUGGCUACAGCUCUCCUCCUCCUUCCCUGUUGCCCUGGAAGCAGCUGACCGGCAGCAUCCCUCAGAUGCCGGCCUCGAUGCCCAACCUGCCGGCAAACUCCCUUCUUGCCACCACGUCCUUGGAAAAUGCCAAGCCACAAGUCAAACCUGGUUUUCUGCAGUUCCAGGAAAAUGAUCCCUGUUUGGCUACCGACUGCAAGUACUCCAACAAGUUCCACUUCCACUGCUUGUUUGGAAACUGCAAGUACGUGUGUAAGACAUCUGGGAAAGCAGAGUCCCAUUGUUUGGACCACAUCAACCCCAACAACAACCUGGUCAACGUCCGUGACCAGUUUUCCUACUACUCCCUGCAGUGCCUCUGUCCCAACCAGCACUGCGAGUUCAGAAUGAGGGGCCACUAUCACUGUCUGAGGCCCGGCUGCUUCUUCGUCACCAACAUCACCACCAAGCUGCCGUGGCACAUCAAGAAACACGAGAAGGCAGAGCGCCGAGCCGCCAACGGCUUCAAGUAUUUCACCAAGAGGGAGGAGUGCGGCAGGCUGGGUUGCAAGUAUAACCAAGUCAACAGCCACUUCCACUGCAUCCGAGAGGGUUGCCAGUUCUCCUUCCUGCUCAAGCACCAGAUGACCUCCCACGCUCGCAAGCACAUGAGGCGGAUGCUCGGAAAGAACUUCGACAGAGUCCCAUCCCAGGUGAUGCCGCUCGGCCAGAGGGGAGACGACAUGCAGCACGCCACCGGCUUGGUGUCUGGGCCUGUUUCGUCCCAGCCUGGCAUCAUCUCCAACUACUCCUCCGCUAUGAUCAACGAGACUGAUGACUACCUGGACUACAUGGGAGGAGGAGGAGGGGGAAGCAGCCCGCUGGGCCUCUCCUCCGAGUCCUCCAACCAGGACCGAAGUUGCACCAGCACACCCGUAGGCAACGACAGCUCUCCAGCAGGACAAGGCUGCCUCACCACCGCUUCUGCUCCUACCACCCCUGCUGACACUAGUGCUACCCAAAAUGAACCUCCUUCUUCCCCUCCUGCACAACCUCCUCCUCCGCCCCCACCACUAGCACCGCCUCCCCUCUCCAUGCCUCAGCCUGGCCUCCAUUCCCAGGCCCCAUCUCUUUCCCCCGCUCUCCUCCGACCUCCUCUCCCCUCACUCCCAUACCUCCUCUCUCCGUCAUGUCUGUCAUACUCUCUGCUCAGCGCCUCUUUGGGAGCCACUCGGAGUGUUGUCAUGCCAACCAACACACCAGCUUUCAGCCCCAUCAUUGCCACUCCGUCUCCGGUUAAAAAUGACGUCCCUAUAGUGCAGGAUGCUGCAGGCAACACCAUCUCCAUUCCCACGGCAGCUGGUGCAAAGAAGCGCUUCUGGAUCAUCGAGGACAUGUCGCCGUACGGUAAACGCCGCAAGACUCCGUCGUCCCGUAAGAUGCUGGAUGAGGGGAUGAUGCUGGAGGGCUUUCGGCGCUACGACCUGUACGAGAACUGCAAGGACUCCACCUGCCAUUUCUCUCUGAAAGUCACCCACUACCACUGCACCCGUGAGAACUGUGGCUACAAGUUCUGCGGCCGCACCCACAUGUACAAGCAUGCCCAGCACCACGACCGCGUGGACAACCUGGUCCUGGACGACUUCAAGCGCUUCAAAUCCUCGCUCAGCUGCAACUUCCCAGACUGCCAGUUCUCUGGCAACAGCACCCACUUCCACUGCCUACGCUGCGGCUUCCGCUGCACCGACAGCACCAAGGUGACGGCCCACCGUAAGCACCACGGCAAGCAAGAUGUGAUCAGCGCCGCUGGCUUCUGCCAGUUCAGCUCCAGCGUUGACUGUGAGGUUCCUGACUGCAAAUAUAAGCUGAAGUGCUCACACUUCCACUGCACCUUCCCAGAGUGCAAGCACACGGUGGUGGGCAUGUCUCAGAUGGACUCCCACAAGAGGAAGCACGAGAAGCAGGAGCGGGGCGAGCUGCCGUCGGUCUCACCAAAACAGGAGGGGAUGCAUCACCUGACGGGAAACAUAGGAGCGGUCGCUCCAUCACCCAUGAGCAUCUCUACUUCCUCUUCUGGGGGCAUCCACGGGUUGUCCCACAACCUCAACAGCAGCGCUCCCUCUCUAAUCUACCAGACGGGCAGCAUCACCUCUGACUACAACCACUCCUACCCACCAUCCUCCAUCAGCCUAGACAGCUCCCUGAACCUGGGCACCGACACCAGCAGCUCCCUGUUCUUCCUGAAGAACGCGGUGGGCCUGGGUCUCAGUGACUCGCUGGACCUCAGCAAGAAGAUGCACCGUGACGUAGCACGCCAGGGCCACAACCCCGGCCCCCAGCUGGGCCUGCAGGCAGCCCAGGACGACACCACGGGAACGUCCGGAGAGGCCGAAGACGACAUGUCGCCAGAGGAGGAGGGGCACGCCGAGGAAGAGGACGAUGACGACGAGGACGAGGAGGAAGAAGACGAAGUGGAGGACGAUCUCAACACUGACUCUAAUGAUGACUCACUGGCAGAACCCGACGGUGAAAAGGACGAUGACGAGUGUUUUGACGCUUCCGUUGACCACACUGAUACUUCCCAUUUGGAAAAGCAAGACACUGACCCAUAGAGACAGAAAAUAAACAAACAAACAUGAGACUGUAGGAACUACAGAACAAUCCUGUGUACCACAAACAAACAAACAAAAGAAAGUGGCCUCGUUCAUCACGUUUAGAGACUUCCAACGACAACCACAAAAAUAAAAUAAAAACAGCAUCAGCGUGAAGAAAGUGAUGGCUCCUCAAGAUUCAUCAUGAUGUUUACAAAAUGACCAACAUUAUUGAUUCAAUUAUGCAUAAAAAACAGAAAUGAAGACACACAGUUAGGCUCUGUUUUACACGCCGGACAGCAAAUGUAAAGCGUUUUACAACACAUCAGUCUUUUGUGUGCGUGCAUGUUUGACUAAUUUAUUUUUAUUCUCUUUUUUUUCCACAUUUUUGUGUGUGAAAAAAAAAACACUUUAGAAAAAUAAAAAACAAAUCUCGCUAUAUAACUAUAUAUGUAAGUGUGUGUGUGUGUGUGUGUGUGUGUGUGUGUGUGUGUGUGUGUGUGUGUGUGUGUGUGUGUGUGUGUGUGUGCGCGUGUGAGAAUGAUAAAGAAAAAGGAAAGUUCUGGCACGGGUGACAUGAACUGAAGCGCCGUGAAUAAAGAAAAAGGGACACGAGCAGGAUGUGUUUCAAGCAUUUGAUUCUUUUUAUGUAUUAUUAUUAAUAUUAUUGUCAUUAGACGCCGAUCGAAAGGGGUUACGUGUUUCUUUUCUCCCCCUUCGUUGGUAAACGUUUGUGUUCUCACGUGGAAUUGACCAAUAAGUGUUUGGUCAAGCCGCCAGCCUCGACAGUUCUCUCAGUCCUUCACUAGAAACAAGCUUCCAGUGAAGCUUUCGCCCUUUUAACCCUCUCUCUGCGCAGGAGUCAAAGGUUUGUGCGUGAACGGUGCACUUUUCUGUUAGCUGACCACGAAAGGAAAAAAAAAGAUGACCCUGAAAGAAAACUCAUGAGUUUAUUUAAAAAAAUAUUUUUGUUACCGUUUGCAUCUUUGCAUUAAAAUGUUGUUUUUGUCGUAAUGUCAGUCAGAAGCAUAUCGAUGUGUAAGUAGGGCAGUUUAAGGACCACGAGUCGGGCGUGUGUGUGUGGGCGGAGCUUAGACGGGCGGGGGAGGGGUGGUCCGAGGACACGACGAGUCACUCAGAUGAUGCGGCGGGUUGGAUGGCAGAGGAAGCAUCAGGGAGUGUGUUAUAUGUUGAAAAAUGUACAGACCGGCAAAUGUCCCGAAUGGCAUUUAAUUAUUUUUGUUCUUUCUUUUUUUUUUCACUAAGACUGUGGUUGAGCUCCUCAUGUGAUGGUUUUUAUUUAAUAUUUAUGUGACCUUCCAAUGAGAAAAAAAAUUAGGGUGUUUUUGCACUUUUUAGAUUCAUUUUUACAUCUGAAAAAAUAAAUAAAUAAAAGAAUAAACAAACGAUCUCGUUUAACAGGGAAUUUGCUUUAACGGUGUUGUUUUGGUUCACUUUUUUUGCUUUAAUGCACAACUAGAUGUUAGACCACAAACUGUUGAUCUGUGGUUAAUUUAAAGACUGGGUUUUAUUUUGCUUCUUUGUGAUUGGACAGUUUGAAUUAUUAAUAAUAAAAAUGAUAAUAAUAAUAUUAAUAAUAAAAGAGGAAGUGUGUGGCACCAGGAAAAAAGGGCGCCUUGAUAAACACUAAUAUGAACUGUGUGGUUUAAAUUCAUUCAUAUAAGAAGUUUAUAAAUGCUCACUUACUGUAAUACUAAAUUAUGAAUUUGUCGAACCAUGCUCUGUUUUAUUCUAUUUUUCUCUUUUGUUUUUUAUUGAGUGAAUUACGUACGACUGAGGAGUGGACACACUGAAAUAUCUCCUGAGCUUGGCAUUGGAAAUAAAUGAUCAUAAUAUAGGGAAAUAAUAAUGUGUGUAGUUGAUUUUCCUUGAAAUAUUGUUUUGAGAAGGAAAAGACAAAAAAAAGGUUGUACAGUAUUUUCCUCUGUAAAAAAAUAACUAUAUAUGAACAAAAUGCUCUUUGAACAGGUUCCUUUCAAAAGAAAAUCAUAAAAAAGGAAAAAUGAAUAAUAAAAAUGUUAAAAGAUUCAAAUAGACUCGUUAUAGUUUGUGUGCUUGAGCUUUCCUUUUUGCCGUUUAUUUGAAAUUUUCAGACUCUGUCAGAUGUUCAAACGGAAAUACACUGAUUUGAAUUCAUUCCCUGAUGUUUCUUGUUUAUUUUAUUGACAGUCGUUGUCGUUAUCUUUUUGUCUCUACUUUGCUGUGGGCACGCAUCGCUGUCGGACCGCACCAUCUCCUGGGACACUGUCGCAAAGCCGAGGCAUCGCUGUGUUUGUUUUGUUUUCUCAUCAUGCGCAGGGACAACUGUAGGGGCUGGGAGAUGCCGAGCACUUGAAUUCAGUGUGUGUGUGAGUGUGUGUGUGUGUCUGCGAGGGUGUUAAAUAGCAGGAUCUGUACAAUGUUGAAAAUAAAGAAACUCUGAUUAUUA